UUAUGGAUGGAAAGAAAUAGAUCGGUGGAUCGUAUCCAUAUUUAUCUAUUCAACUAUGUAUUGAUCCUGCCUUCCAUGAUGAAUGGAUGGUUCCAUGACGGAUCAAUAGAUGGACAGAUGUGUGGAUAUCCAUCAAUUAUAUAGAUCUACAGCAUCCACUUAUAACACUAUUGCACUGAAUUAAUUACGUUUAAAUUGGCUUUUCAAGCAACUUACAGCUAACCAUCUGUCUUUUACAAUUCACGCCACCCCAGAGGUCAGUGGGAACCUUUCACUCAUUAUACUUUUCUGCGUGGCAUUGUUCAAGAAAAGUAGGUCGCAGAAAAAUAAAAAUAAAGAGUGUUCACAUGUGUAGCAGAGAUGUGUGUGUCACUUGUAAAAAAAAAAAAAAAGCAUGAUUAUUCUAACUCUGAUACUGUUUAAAUUAUUUAGCCAAACGCAAUACAUGUUAUCUUUUCCCCCGAUCUUCCCCACUAAGUGAUGUGUGUGAGGUUACCUUGUCCAGUCUUUGAUGUUUAACUGUCUCCAUCUCCAUAACAGUGUGACACCACAGAUGGAUCCCCUGUGCAAUGGAAUCAAGAAAUCAGAGGGCUGUGAUCUUGUUGUUGACCCGCGGGCCCCUCCUGCUAAGCUGGCUCGACUGGAACAACACGAGGUGGGACCCUCGAGCCAGGAGAUGAGCCGGCAGGGGAGUCCUGUGGCCAUAAACCCCUGCCUGGCCCAGAAACCCACGGCAGCGAGGCCACAGGGCAAGAGCUGGCACACCAGAGGGAGCCUGCUGCCGGUGUUCUGCGUGGUGGAGCACAGGGAAAGCCUGUUGGAGGGAGAGAGGAGGGAAGAGCAUGCUGAGUUUGUGUUGGUCAAGAGAGAUCUGCUGUUUAACCAGCUCAUAGAGAUGGCCCUGCUCACACUGGGAUACUCACACAGCUCUGCUGCACAGGCUAAAGGUCUGAUCCAGGUGGGAAGGUGGAACCCGGUGCCUCUGUCCUGUGUAACAGAUGCUCCAGAUGCCACAGUGGCUGAUAUGCUGCAGGAUGUUCACCAUGUUAUCACCCUUAAAAUACAACUGCACAGCUACCCCAAACUGGAGGACUUGCCAGCAGAGCAGUGGAGUCACUCGACAGUGAGAAACGCUCUGAAGGAGCUCCUCAAGGACAUGAACCAGAGUACCCUGGCCAAGGAGUGUCCACUGUCCCAGAGUAUGAUAUCAUCUAUUGUAAAUAGCACUUACUAUGCAAAUGUGUCAGCUGCCAAGUGUCAUGAGUUUGGUCGAUGGUACAAGCACUUCAAGAAGUCCAAAUGCUUCAAGGAGACUGACACUUUUUCUGACCAGUCCACACAUAUCACCCUCACCCAGCAGCCAGUCACAAGUAGCCCCACCGAUCCGAGCUCGACGCUUAUAUUCCCUCGUGCAGCUGUAGCCAACAUACACGGUCGCUCCCCCCUCAGUCUGCACCCUCCCGGUCUGGUAACUCAGCCUCUCAGCUCCCACAUGGUCAACCAGCAGCUGGUGAUGGCCCAGUUUCUCAACCAGCAGUACGCUGUUAGCCGCAUGUUAGCCGGCCAGAGUCUCUCAUCGUCACCGCAGCAGUAUCUCAACCACCCGCCUGUAGGGAGGUCCCCUGCCAAGGUCUUUUCCAAAGCCCCGGAUUCCCAAACCCCACAGCAGGUACAGUGCGGCCCAGGGGGAGGCCCUGCGGCCGGGCUGCAAAAUCAGACUUCUGCAGGGUCUUCUUUGGGACCCACAGACGUGCCAAGUGACAUCUACCAGUGUGUGAGGGAAGAACUGAAGCGAGCAGGCAUCUCCCAGGCCAUCUUUGCUCGGGUGGCCUUUAACAGGACCCAGGGCCUGCUCUCAGAGAUCCUACGAAAGGAGGAAGACCCCAAACAUGCCUCUCAGUCUCUGCUGGUCAACCUGCGGGCCAUGUACAGCUUCCUGCAGCUCCCCGAAGCUGAGAGGGAACGAUUCUACCAGGAGGAGAAGGAGAGAAGUCUGACUGGGUUCACUCCCAGCUGCAACAACACACCACCCAGAUCCACACAGGCAAGACUGUCCCCAAUUACAGCAGACAGAGGGCUGAGGACAGACAGUUGCAUUCUCAGUGUCAGUGCUUCCAUCUAUGAGGAGAUUCAGCAUGAGAUGAAGAGAGCCAAGGUAUCUCAGGCUCUGUUUGCUAAGGUGGCCGCCUCCAAGAGUCAGGGCUGGCUGUGUGAGCUGCUGCGCUGGAAGGAGGAUCCCAGUCCAGAGAACCGGACCCUGUGGGAGAACCUGUGCAUGAUCCAGCGGUUCCUCAGCCUGUCGCAGACUGAACGAGAUGCCAUCUAUGAGCAGGAGAGCAGCAACAUGACAACACAGCAGCACUGCGCUGACAGGCUCUCACUGCUCAGCAACGACAAUACACUGUACCAACGCAACUCCCUGAUGCCACAGCAACACCAUCUUCAACCCCAUCAACCCCUGCAGCCUGAGGCCGGACCUCACCUGUCUCCACGGCAACCCUGCACCGCAUCACCAGCCGAGUCCGAUGCUGGGGCCACUUGGGGGCACCUCAGAAUACGUCUGCAGGGCAGAAGCAGUAGCAGUGAGAGAGGGGACAGUAAGGACUGGGUCGAGGGGGGAGGAGGAGGAGACAGGGGCAGUCUGGGUGGGGACUGGGGUUGUCCCGGAAGAGUGAGGGACAAGAGCACAGAGAGCAGUGAGCAGGUCAGGGAUGGAAAUUUAGGCAAGGAAGGCAUGGAUGAGAUCACUGGAGACAACAAAAAGGGCAAGGUUAAGGAGAAGCUGUCUGUGAAGUGGCCCAGUGUGAAGAAUGAGGACCAUGGCGGGGCUGGGGUUUGCCUUGGAGCAGAUAAUAAUGGAGGUCGAGAUGAGGUGCAAGGUGAGGGAUUAAACGUGUCUAGUGAGGCUUUGGGAAUCCUGCAGAGCUUCAUCCAGGAUGUGGGCCUCAACCCAGAUGAGGAGGCUGUCCACACCCUUUCUGCCCAGCUAGGGUUACCAAAACACACCAUCCGCAGCUUCUUCAACAGCCAGUACCAAGGACAAAUCGAGGACCCUGAACACAGCCAGACACCUAAACACAGUCAUGACAACCAGCAUGGCUGUACAGACCCAAACCCCUCCCAGGUUGAAAUAACUACACAGGAACUGGAAGAGGAAGGCGACGAAAAGACUGAGACAGAACGAAAGGAGGAGCAGAAGCAAACAGGGAGAAAUGAAACAAGUGAGAUAACUGUUUUGAAAGAACUGGAUGUCGGGACUCAAACCCUUCCUCCUAUGAAGGAGGAGCAGGAGAGCUACAUCUAAGCUGCAUACAUCCAGUGACAGAGCUUGAAGAAGCCAUAUGUUCCCUGUGAGCUACAAACAGGUGCUUUUCUUCUCCAAAUAUACUGCAACCUUGGUACAAACUCAACUGCAUAUUGUUGCAGUUCAGAUUCACAGUGUUUCGGUGUUGAUCUGUUUUUGGCGUGUGACAAUACACACUGUGGAAAGACAAAUUCUUACCAUUUCUCCCACAGCUUUCAUAAGCAGAGACUUAUAUUAUGUAUUUAUAUAGAAAGCUGUUCUGUGAUUUGAGGAUCCUUAAUGCACUUGAGACAGAGUUUACUGUGACUAUGUGUACAGAUAAUGUUUCUGUGUGUAGAUACAUGUCUGGAAUAAUGGCAGCCAGGACAAUGAGCCUCAGAUUACUUAUCACUACUUAAAAAGAGUAAUAGUAGUUGGUUGACUGAUGUACAUUUUGGAGAAAUGUUCAUACCAGAAAUGCCUUGUAGAAAGUGGCACUGCCAAUCAUUUUUUUAAAAAUCAUGAAUAUUUCCAAUUUUAUCUUUAUUAUGUUUUAAAAGGCUACAUCAUUUGGCUCAGAUUUUCUCUAAGUCACUUAAUACUGUUUCCUUCAUGAAUCUGACUGUUCAUGUUUAUCUGUCAAAUCACAUUAAAUAUCAAGUUUCCUCAUUUUGUUUUAAAUUAAAUGUACACGAGGAAAACAAAUGGAUUUUUGUAACGCACACAAUAUGCUACUGACAUGAUGGCAAUAUACAGUAUGACAUCCAAUGAACUUUAAGCAUAAUCAUUUCAAAACAAUUAUGGUUGAAAAUAAAAUGAGUUACCGAAACCGGAUAACACGUGAAAAAUCUCUACUGGAAAUGAGUCAAUGCCUAGUCCUACUUCUCACAUUUGUCCGCGAUAUCAAAUCUGAACACAAUGUAAGCCUCUCAAAAUGUACUGUUGCUAUUUUAAAAGUCUCUUAAGCUUUUUCUCAUUUUGUGGUUCACAGAGAGUGUAGAGUGCACAGUGUUUAAUAUUUCAUUAUGAAGGAAGAAUUGUGGACAAUAGGGCUGAACAAUUAAACAAAAUCACAAUAUGGCCAAGUACAGUAUCUAAUAACGGGAGGGGCAUUUUUUUUUGAUGAAGGUAAAAUGUGUCGUAAAAUAUUGUUUAAAAUGAAGGACUGUGGUGCUUAAGACAUGCUCCAGUCUACAAAUUAGAUUAUCUAGACAUGAAAUAACAUGCUUGUUUGGUUCACACAGUUGCAAAAAUCACAUCACCAUUAAUUUUCCAGGUGAAAAAGAAAUUACUAGAAUUUGCGCUAAAAUUGGGAUUCAUAGCACAAUAUCUGCAAAUAAUCACAACAUGAUUUUUUUUUUUUUUUGCAAAGCAAUCAGCCCUACUGGACAGAACGCACCUAAAAUAUCUAGAGAAAAUGACAGCACUUAUUGCAUAUGCAAAAAUGCUAACUUUACCUGUUUCCUAAUAUUUAAGUUUUUGUCAUUUUAAUCUAUUUCAACCACCUUCCAGCAGUAAACCACUUUUUCACAAACACUCUGAGUAAGAAUAUUUGGGUAAGCCUAGACCACUACCGUUAAACAACAAACAAAUGUGUGACUCUAACUACAUUUAUAUAUUUUUCCUCAGAUGAUCCCUUUCAUUGCAAUAAAAAGUGGAAACUUCCCAUACAGACAGUGACACAUCAUAUUUCCCACAAGGAAACUUAAACUGAGGUUUCUAACCUUUAGAACCUUGUGACCAAAUCUGUGUGAGGGCACAGAAAAUAGCUGGAGGCCGUCAUGCUAUUUCUGUUUUCUGACAGACAAUAAGAUGGUUGCAUUCGUCUUAAAUGGCAUAAAACCUGUAGGUAACAUCUGUACUUUAGAAAACAUUCAGUUUGCAUGUGAUAGCAAUGCAUAGGACUGGAUUUGAGGACAGUAUAUAAGAUUUAUCACACUUUGAAUCAAGCAGAGAGAUAAUAAAGUUCAUUUAUAACUACUACUUUAAACCUGCUGUAAAAGAUCUAUUAAAGAUUAAAUCAAUGGUUCUAAAGCCCACUGUCUGCAUUAGUGUUAGUACUGAUGAUUUUCUCUUACAUUACUGUCUGUGAAUCAUGUCAUUGUUUCCAACCAUCAGACAGUAUUCCUUUGUGUUGAUUACCCCUCUGUACCAGUACAUCUGUGGCUCUCCACGAUCACAUGCCCUCCAGUGCUGACAGUGUUUUCUAUCUUUUCUCUCGUUUUAUUCUUUUCUCUAUUUUAUCUGUGUGAACUGCUAUUUUCAUGCCUGUUUCUGUCCCUCCUUCUCUGCAUCUGACUGCCAUAUGUCUCUGCUCAGGACUUUUCACAUUGCUGCUCCUAUACAGACAAUGCAACAUUCAAGCCCCAUUUGGUUUGAAUAGCUUCACGGAGUAAUUCAAUAAAGUUAUGCUCCUUUCUGUCAUCUGUUUCCAUGACAAUACCUUAGUCUGGGCCAACGAGAGGCCACGGAAGCCUCAUCAUCAGUAAUAUUAGCUAUAAUAAUGAUGAUAAUGGCGCUCUUGAAAUGCCAAGCCUGUGAUGAUGAUGGUAAUAGUGAUGAUGGUCAUUACUCCUGCUUUGUGUGAAUUCCCCACUACCGACACCACACAAACACAAGCACACACUACUAAUGCACACAUUUAAGCCAGUUAUUUAAUGACUCCACCUGUAUAUAUUAUCCCAUGAACUUCUGUUUUUUUCCUCCAUCAUGACCAUCUCGCUGCUUUGAUUUAAUGUUUUCUUGUGUUUUGCCUUUUUCUGCUAGAAGCACUUUGUGAUAAAGCUGUUUGUUAAAAGCUCUCCACAGAUAAACUUGACUUGGCUGACCUCAGAAAUCGCUGUAAUUAAGUCUACAUAAAACUGUUUUAAUUACCCGUCA